AUGUCCUAUUUUCGAAUCACCUUGAUCAGGUCAGCUAUCGGCCUUCCAGCAAAGUCAACCAAUGUCCUCAAAGCCCUCGGUCUUCGCAAGCGGAUGGCAACUGUUUUUCACCCCGUCUCACCUUCGGUGGCUGGUCAAAUAAUGAAAGUGAAAGAGUUGGUUGCUGUGUCAGAGGUCGACAAGCCUUUGACCAAACAAGAAGUACACCAGGAACGGGUCCCAGACCCUGGUUUCUAUGUCGAAUCAAGAGCUGCAGACAUGCGCCCGAAGUCAGACAUCUGA